AAACAGAUUGAAAAGCCUACACAUUGGUGUCAAAUGCCUAAUCCAUUACGACAUCGUCAAAGUUUUAUGUUCUCUGAUGUGUUAAGCCUUGCAAUGAUAAUACCAUUCAUACUUGAACGCUUUUUAAAACCUUAUCAUAUAAAGACGGAGACUUUGAAUAAUUGGCUUACAACAUCUGAGAUAAGAUAA